GGUCGUGUUUCAAACGGAGCGGUUGGCCGAAAGCGAUCGCAGUGUUGUUAACCGAAAAAUCAUACCCCGCGCUGCCCGCUAACGUGGCCAGAUAAAAAGAUACUACCUUUUUCUCGCCGGAAGAUUACUAUAAAUUAACAAUAACAAGUGCAAACGUGUGAGAAAAAAUCGAAGAGGAGGAAAAACCGAAAAGCGGAGGAAAUUAACCAAAAUGCAAACGUGUAGAAGAAGAAAAGCCUCCGGCGACCCGGCCACGAUCAUGUGGAGUAGAAUGUGGCUGGUUGCUCUCUGCGGAUUACUGCUGCUUGCCAUUCAAAUUGAGCGAGCGGCGUCUGCGCCUGCAGGCGAGGAUGCCCCUGCCACAACGCUGCCACCUCUGGAUGCCACAACCGAUGCCCCAGACUCUGCUGCAGUUGCCACAACAACACCAGCAACGCCAGAAACACCAGCAACAAUUGCCGUAGAACAAAGCAGCACCAUCGGCAGCUCAGCCAUCGAAACAGCGGAUGGUUCAACGACUUCCACGACGACAACAACAACUGAGGCGGCCAACAAAUCGAAUGCGGCCGAAACUGAUUUCACCACAACACUGCCAAUUCCGAGCAGUCUUCCGGAGUCGACCAGCAUGCGUUCGACGAGCAUCGAACCCAUCACCUCCACGGAGCCGACGACCACGCCCCGCCAGGAGACCGAGGAGAGAUCAGGGGACCACCAGCAGGUGUUCUCCAUCACGGAGCCGGACCAGAGCCACAUCCAGCACAUUCCGCUGCGGGACGAGCACGCGGAGAGCAGCGGCAGCGAUGAUGCCACCACCGAGAUGCUGAGGGAGCGGGAGCAGCACGAGCAGGAUCAGCAGAACGAGCUCAACCAGAUCUCCAACGAGCAGGACGACGUGGUCAAGGAUCUCAACAACUUCCGGCAUCCGGCCACCUUAAUCACCGCCAGCAACAGCAACAGCAACAGCGAGGAGAACGGCGAAAACGAAAGUGACAAACGGGUCGAGACAACAACUUCGGCGGCAGCAACAACAACAACAACGACUGCGGCAACAACCACUGUGGCAACAGGUACACUGGCAACAGGUACGCCGGCAGCAACUUCCAACAGUUCGACUGAGUCCGCAGUUCAAAGCGAUCGCGAAGAAGAUCCCUAUCAUGUGCACAUACUGUCCGAGAAUCAUGAUCGCCUGGCCGAACACGAAGAUUAUCAAAUGCUCUCGACCAGCACCGAGGAAUCGGUGUCCACCACUACUGCAAGCACCACUACAAGCACCACCACCACAGAGUCGGGAAUUGUGGCUGGUAUUGUUGUCAGCCAGGAGAACAAGGCGACCGCUGAGCCAGAGCCAUCAACUGCAACCGAGUCGUCAUCAACAUCCACAUCCACAACAACCACUGCAACAGCAGCAACCACUGCAGCAGCAACUCCAACCACAUCGCGAGCACGCGCCAUGCAUAUGAAUGAGCCAGAAAAUGAAGCGGCCACCACAAUAAUGCCGGACAGCGAGUCGGCGGCGGGGCCAGUGAUUAACAUUGUUGAAGGACAACACAUGCUGCAGGAGGAACAGGAGCAGGAGCAGGAGGAGAAGGAGAAGGAGGCGAGCAGCUCCACCACCGAAGCCCCGACCACCACCACCACCGAGCCAUCGCCAUUCGUGGCUUUUGCCGGCGAGGGAAGAUCGGCGGGUGGCGGUGACGAUGUGGAGCUCUUCCUGCACCACAAUGGCAGUACCCACGAGCAGAUCAUGGACCUCAGUGAUGUUAGCAUGGACGGCGACCAGAACGAGAGCAGCAGCAGCAGCACCACCACCACCACCACCACGAGCACCACUGCCCAGCCGGAAACGGAAAUGCCGAAAAUCGUGGAAAUCACCGCCAGCGGAGAUACCAUGCAACGCGAGUGUUUGGCCGACAGUAAAAGCUAUAAGCACGGCGAGCUGAUGGAGCGGGACUGCGACGAGCGGUGCACCUGCAACCGGGGCGACUGGAUGUGCGAGCCGCGGUGCAAGGGAUUGAGUUACCCGAGGGGCAGCCAGCGCAGCAUGGCCAAUCCCAACUGCCGGGAGAAGAUGGUGCCCGAGGACGAGUGCUGUCGCGUGAUGGAGUGCAGUGAGCCACUGCUGGAACCCACCGUGGUUGCCUCCGAGGGUGCCACUCCCUCCACCGAGCGAACCGAAGAAUCUGCCGCUGCCACUCUUCCCCCAAAUGAGGAUGAAGCCACGCCCAAGCCGCGCACCGAUUGCCACUACAUGGGCGGAGUCUACAAGUUCCGGGAGCGUCUGGAGAUCGGUUGCGAGCAGAUCUGCCACUGCGACGAAGGCGGCGUCAUGGACUGCAGGCCAAGGUGCCCGGAACGCAAUCACACGCGGCUGGAUAAGUGCGUGUAUGUGAAGGAUCCCAAGGACGUGUGCUGCCAGCUGGAGCUGUGUGACGUCACCCUGGAUGACCAUGAACAGCAGCCAACGCCGCUGCAGAGCAACAACAACGAGGAUCAGGGAGAGCCGAAUCCCUUCGAGUUCCAGGAGCAGGCUCGCGAUGCCGGAGGCGCCAAGCCCACGUGCACCUUCAAGGGUUCCCAGUACGAGGUGGGCCAGCAGUUCCGCGAUGGCUGCGAGCAGCUCUGCCUGUGCAACGAGCAGGGCAUCCACUGCGCCAAGCUGGAGUGCCCCUCGAACUUCGGCCUCGACGUCCAGGAUCCGCACUGCAUCCGCUGGGAGCCCGUACCGGCGGACUUCAAGCCCUCGCCGCCGAACUGCUGUCCGGAGAGCAUGCGGUGCGUGGACAAUGGCACCUGCAGCUACCAGGGCGUCCAGAUCGAGAACUGGUCGCCGGUUCCCGCCAACCUGACAGGUUGCGAUCAGCAUUGCUACUGCGAGAACGGAAGGGUGGAGUGCCGAGCCGCCUGUCCACCGGUUCCGGCUCUUCCUCCGGCGGAUCUACCCUGCCAUCCGGCCUUGGCCCGCCUGCUGCCCAUUCCCGAUGACGAGUGCUGCAAGCACUGGACCUGCGCCACCCAGAACCCCAAAAUAGGAGCCGCUGGUCAGGAGGAGGAGGAGGAGCAGGAGGGAGGCACCUCCACGCACUCCUCGAUCCCCUCAAAUGAAACCACAACAACAACGACAGCGACAACAACCACAGCGACGAGUUUAGCUAACAAAGUGCCUCAGAUAAAAAAGGACGAGGAGAAGAAGUCACCGCCAAGUGGAGCCUUCUAUCCCACCUUGGAUGGCAAGCCACCCAAGUCGAUUGGCGGUCUGGGGAUCUUUGAGAAGCCGGAGAAACCCGAAAAGGGUCACAAGAAGGUGCAGCAUCAGCAGCAGCAACAUCAGCAGCAACAGCAGCAGCAGGAGCAGCAACACCAACACCAAAACGAUGUUACAUUCGAUGGCGAUCGGGCGGAGGAGCAGGAAGGUCCUUUGCCGCCGAACGGAGGAUAUGUGCCCUUCCAAUUUGGACACCAGCAUCCGCACCAGCAACAUCUGGGCCCCUAUGGCUUCUACAAUCCCGUGAAGCCAGUUUACGAGGACUACAAUCCGUAUGAACCUUUCGAUAUCAACCCCAAUGGCACACCGCAGGGUAAACCGCCGCCAGUGCCCACUAGUCAGUCCGAUUUGUUCAAUAUACUGGGUGCCGAUCAGCCAGGUCACCAGGGUCAUCCUGGACACCCGGGUCACCAAGGACCUGCGAUUCACAACGGACAAGCACAAAAGGACAAUCACAAUUUGGUGCCGCAAGUGCGAAUCGAACAGAUAUUGCAACAUCUGCAGCAAACUGUUCCAGGAGGACCUCCACCACCACCGCACCAGCAGCAACAUCCGCAGCAGCAACACCCGCAGCAGCAACAUUCGCAGCAGCAACAUCAGCAACAGCAGCAACACCCUGGUCACUAUGUGCCCAUUGUGCACAGUGGAGUGCCACCGCCACCACCAGGACAUGGAAUCGCAAUUGUCGACGGACAGACGGUGGCCUACGAGAGCUACCCGGUGAUUCCGGGACUGGGUGUGCCGCCCCACCAUCCGCAGCAGCAUCCGCAACAGCAUCCGCAGCAGACGACGCCGCAGCAGCACCGCCAGCCGACGAUCCUGCCCAGCUCGAGCACCACCUCCGGACUCUCCACGCAGGCCAGCGAGCACAGCCUGCACCAGAACCAGGACAAGUUGGCCAAGCAGCAGCAGCAGUCAGUUGCCAGCAACCUGCAGCCUGACAUCGAAGUUCACACUUUGGAAGCCAUCGAUCCCCGGUCCAUCCGCAUUGUGUUCACUGUGCCGCAGGUCUAUGUGAAUCUCCAUGGACGCGUGGAGCUGCGCUACUCGAACGGACCCGGAAACGAUACCUCCACUUGGGAGCAGCAGAUCUUCGCACCCCCAGAGGACCUGAUCGCCACCUCCCAGAUGGAGUUCGACCUGCCCGGUCUGGAGCCAAACUCACUCUACAAGGUGAAGAUCACCCUGAUCCUCCGCGACCUCAACUCGCAGCCAACGAGCAGUGUGUACACGGUGAAGACUCCGGCCGAGAGGAGCAUCACCCCACCGCCUCCGUUCACGGACUACAGGCCAGACUUCCAGGACAUCUUCAAGAACGUCGACGAUCCGGAACUGACGGUCAGCGAGACGAACGCCAGCUGGUUGCAGUUGACGUGGAAGAAGCUUAACGACGAGCAGAUGGAGUACGUGGACGGAGUUCAGCUGCGCUACAAGGAGCUCACCGGCAUGAUCUACUCAUCCUCGCCGCUGAUCCACCGCACCCUGACCAGCUACACCAUCCAGAACCUGCAGCCGGAUACGGGCUACGAGAUCGGACUCUACUACAUCCCGUUGGCCGGACACGGAGCGGAAUUGCGGGCGGGACACAUGAUCAAGGUGCGCACCGCCCAGAAGGUCGAUGUGUACGGCUUCGAUGUGACCGUCAACGUGACCAAGGUGAAGACCCAGAGCGUGGAGAUCUCCUGGAACGGAGUGCCCUAUCCGGAGGACAAGUUCGUGCACAUCUACCGCGCCAUCUACCAGAGCGACGCCGGCAAGGAGGACUCGAGCGUCUUCAAGGUGGCCAAGCGGGACAGCACCACCGGCACCCUGAUCAUGGAUCUCAAGCCGGGCACCAAGUACCGCCUCUGGCUGGAGAUGUACCUCACCAACGGCAACACCAAGAAGAGCAACGUGGUCAACUUCAUCACGAAGCCAGGUGGUCCUUCCACUCCCGGAAAGACUGGCAAACUGCUGACCGCGGGAACGGACCAACCCGUCGGCGAUUACUACGGCCCCCUGGUGGUGGUCUCCGUAAUCGCCGCCUUGGCCAUCAUGUCGACUCUGGCCCUGCUCCUGAUCAUCACCAGGAGGCGAGUGCAUCAGACGGCGUCCAUCACGCCGCCCCGAAAGAGCGACGCUGCCUACGAUAACCCCUCCUACAAGGUGGAGAUCCAGCAGGAGACUAUGAAUCUGUAACUGACUCGCGAUGCCCUCCAAACAACUAGUUUAAAGACAGAUUUUUGUAAAUAAUGAAGGAAACAGAAACGGAAGAAAAACUCAGUGUCAGUAAAAAGUAUAAGUGAAAAUCUUGAAUCAAUCGGAUUAAAUCGGAUGGAGAGCCGGCGCAAGAUCAAAAAAUUUGUUCAAUUCGGUAAUGGCCGCCAUGUUGUAUGUAGUGGUUAAGUAAUCUAAAACACACAUCUUUUGUUAAACAAUUUGUGACUUGUGUAUAUAGAGAGAGAGUGAGACAGAAGGAGACACCCUAUGGAAGAACUAAUUGAAGAAAGCUCCACAACUAGAAUUGGCCUCGCUGGGCGCAUUAAUUCUUCUAGCGAUUUCGAAAUGCAUACGAGUUUAGUUAGUUUAACUUGUAAAUUUUAGCUUUACACUUAUCGUAAUUAAGGGGCGCAUCAGAAAUUCAAGCUUUUAUAACAGAAGCAGCCACAACAACAACGGCAAUAUUUGGCUCAACGGUGCGUUCAAUUACCAGUCCAUAAAUAUUUAAAUUAGCUUGUAAAACGUACAGAGAUAUGCAUAUGUAUGUGUGUAUGGAUAAAUAAAGAAAACCAUAAACAAUAA